AUGCCUUACGGGGACACCAUCCCCCUCCAUGCUUCCUCACAGUCGGACAUCGACGAGAUCGAGAAUCUGAUCAAUGCGAGCAUCCAGUCUGGGCCGGCCACCGUCCACCCGACGAGGCCUCUCAGCCCGCCGCGCGCCUCCAUUCCGGUCUCCUCGCCGUUCGUCGCCUCGGAGAUCUCGCCGCAGGCGUACCAGAAGCCACCUCUCGUUCCUCCGGGGGUUCCUCCACCGGCGUCCGCCGCUCACCGGCAGAAUGUGGGCGGCGGCGUGGGGUUCGGAGCGUCGCCCAACACGUUGACGGAGCCUGUGUGGGACACGGUGAAGAGGGACCUGUCGAGGAUCAUCAGCAACCUGAAGCUGGUGGUCUUCCCCAACCCUAACAGAGAGGACCCCGGGAAGGCGCUGAGGGACUGGGACCUCUGGGGGCCCUUCUUCUUCAUCAUCUUCCUCGGGCUGACUCUGUCGUGGUCGGCGUCCGUGAAGAAGGUCGGAUUUCCUUCUCUACCGCGCAUUGUGGUUUUUGUAACCAUCAUCUUAGGCAGACAUGGCGAUGUUUUUCUCUGGAUUGUUCCCGCUGCUUCCUGUUCAGUUCUCGUCUCCCUUGCUGACUCUUCGAAUCACACCUGAUCUGGCGCUUAGUUUUUCAAACUAAGAAACCUUAGCAUUCAAACAGCUGAACGAAAUCCGGAAACAUUUAUCAACCGUAGUAUGAUCGAAUUCAAUGCCCCCUCUAGAAACAAUGCCGAUCCCGCAUUUUCCCCCCUGCAAGUGGCGAAAUCUUCCAGCCUGCUCGGUCAUUCUAUCCAUUUUUUUUUCCUCUCAUCUUUUUCUUAUCCCCUUCGAAGAACAGCCUGAUGUGAUCAACCAAGCUGGUGAAUCAUCUUCUCCUGGCACCGCAGCGACCCAUUUUCAGUAGCGAAGUUCAUAGAAUCGACAGAUUCUAAGGAUGGUUUGAUUCCCCGAAGGCAACAAUUACUCGAAGUAAACAGAAAGUAAAAACAAAAAAUUAGACCUUCGAUUUUGGAUGUCUAUGCUGAAGAAUUCCUUCCACUUUCUUGUUGCGUCGCUCCGAAUUGAAUCCCGAGACGCCUAAUUCGUCCGAAUGUCCGCUAGAAAUCCAGUUAUUUAGUGAUGUAAUUUCUGAAUUUGCUCGCAUCGUUUCUCACUCGAUCUUCCUGGGCCUCCCAGUCCGAAGUGUUUGCAGUCGCCUUCGCGGUCCUCGCCGCCGGCGCCGUGAUUCUCACCCUAAAUGUGCUACUCCUGGUAAGCCGCUCUGCUCCCACCCCCUCGAGCUUCGAUCAUCAUUUCUUCCCCAUUGGGGAACCUGAACGAUCUGGUCCCGCAGGGGGGGCACAUUAUCUUCUUCCAGAGCCUCAGUCUCCUCGGCUACUGCCUUUUCCCUCUGGACGCGGGCGCCGUUAUCUGCAUGCUCAAGAACAACGCCAUCAUCAAGCUCGUCGUCGUGUCGAUAACGCUGGUGUGGAGCUCCUGGGCCGCCUACCCGUUCAUCAGCGCCGCCGUCGGGCCGAGGCGGAAGGCCCUGGCCCUCUACCCAGUCUUCCUCAUGUAUAUCUCCGUCGGAUUUCUCAUCAUCGCCAUCGACUGA